UGUGAGCGUUGUCCAAAUUGAUACGGCUCGCAGUCCGACCAAAGACGAAUCUAACGGUGACGUUGAAUCGGUGGCUUCGGCUGUCAGACGCGAUCGCCCCCAGUUCGUGCCACGCCGUCGUUCGGAGGCCGGCAGCACACCCCUCCGAUAGGCCGGCUAUAUUUUUGUUGUCCUUUUUUUGCCACAACGACACCAGCAUGGGCCAGCAAGCGUAGGGCCACCGGGCCGACUCUCGGCCGCUCGUCCUGUUGCGUGUCGUGUUGUCCUGUGUUCGUUAUGGGUGUUCUGCUGCCGCUCGUGAUUUCGUUACGUGCCGUUUGUUUUGUUCACGUCUGUGGCUGAUAAGUUUUCGUGGCCUGUACACUCGAAAUACAUUGCACGAGUCUACGUUAGCGUACUGUUCGUGCUGUGACGUGGGUGUUCGUCUAACGAACGUGCUCUCUUGUUCGGGCCCUCGGCCAUCUCUGCUGUUGCAACCCAUACUUUGUGCUUUGUGAUAAUCCUAAGCAAAGUAAUUCUCACACUUUGCAUUUUAUCUAAGUGUUUAAUUACCAUCGUCGUUGAUCUGGUUAUUGCAAUAAUCAUUUGUUACCCUACACAAGGAUCAUUAAAAAUCGAACUACACAGCUUCAAGAACGCAGUGUACAUUCCUGUACAGUGUCCUACCUCCAUUUUAAUGGUUAUCUAUACCACCAUCGCGAUCUAUUCGGCCCAAACGUGAUGAUAGGUGAAUUCUGACUUCUGCACGCAGUUGCCUAAAGUAUGUUAGUUUGUUCUUAUAAUUACUUGUAAUUAGCCUAUCAUUGUGUGAACUGUGUCAUCCGUUCGCGUUGACUGCUUCAGGUAAAGAUCUCUGUUGCUGUUCCCUUUCAAACGUCUUCUCUGUGCCUGGAUGCCUAUGUGCCAUAUUUGAGCAUGAUAUCGUGCUGUCGGCGUGCAUAAACUGUGUCACUGUUAAGUAUUAACCUCCGUCCUAUGGUGGGGUGUAUGUGUGUGUUAACGUGUACGGCUUUUGCUAGAAUAAACAAGGAACUUCCACCUGCCAGCUUCCCAGCUCAGUUUCCAGCAAAACACAACCUCGUGGCCUUCCAGGUUGUCCUACCUGGCUACCGUUGAUUUCCUGUGCUACUGUGUCCAUAUCACCAAGGUUUUUUGUUCAGCGAAUUUAUUCAAAGCGUUCGAGAUUCUUUCGAAAGAAGGCGGAAGGUGACGCGUCAGCGUGCAAACGGCGUAGUUUUCGAUGCUGCUUUUAGCGUUCGCUAGUGUUAUGCUUCGUACAUGUCAUUGUUGUUGUAGCUCUUAUCGUAACUGUUGUGCCCCCUCAGCUGUCAGUCCCGUAUCGGUACUUUCACCAUACAUUGGAUUUAGUACGGACGUGCCUUUGUGCUACGACUAUGUAUGCCGCGUAGACUUACAUGUGAAACCGUGACGUGUUGUCGUUCUUCAGUUCUAAUUCGUUGGCGCUGUUUUGUGCUCGUGGUCUGUGCCGUGGCUGACUUGUCGACUUCAUCCCGAGAUGUAAAACCGAUGCAACAUGUGGUCCUCAAUCGGCCUCAAACUCUGUGCCAUGGUCGCUAUCAUCAUUGGUGUAUUACCGAAUGGAAAGAUAAGCGUUCGGCUAAAACCGCCUCCCGAUAAAUCAGACGUGACAUUCUUCAAUGCAUCUCUAGUCACUCAUACGCUCAGCAGUGAUUUUCUCCACACUUAUGCGGCGCAUAUGUACGGCGCGUUGAACCUUCAUUCAAAUGGCCAGCGAGGAAAUGGAAUCGUGAUAGCAGAUUCGCCUUUACACAGGUCGCAUUCUCGCAAAAAGCGGUCUGUGCUACAGCUAGCGUCAAUGCUCAAAUGUGUAUCUGGAUGCAGUCCUCUUGCCUUUCAUGGCUAUGGCUGUUUCUGCGGUUACAUGGGCGACGGAUCCCCAGUUGAUCCAAUCGACAGCUGCUGUCUUGAGCAUGACUGGUGCUAUUCGUCAACGCAAUGUUCGCACGUAGCCACGUACUUCCUACCGUAUGACUGGAGCUGCGAUGGACCGGGGUAUGCUUAUUGCGGCUUCUCGGAUUCGGCAAGUCCGCACGCCCGUUGUGGUCAACAGCUUUGUGAGUGCGAUGUUGCCUUCGCCAAGUGCAUAUCGCGUUACCCGUGCCCAAACCAUCGAGCUGGCUGUCGUCAAGGGCGCUCCCUUCUUCGCCGAUUAUUCGGCGGAAAAAGAUAACACAAGCUGAGCUCUGUUCUCGAAGGCUGGCGUCGAGGACAGAGUGAAGACCCCUCUGCGCAAGAAGCCAUCGACGAAGCGUUAGAUUAUCUCCUCGAUGACUCCGUUGAUGACAUAAACAGUGGCACAAUUAA